AGCAUGGUGCGGCGGCCGCGCGCGCUGACAUGGGGGAAAAGCUGGAGCUGAGACUCAAGUCGCCCGUGGGGGCCGAGCCCGCCGUCUACCCCUGGCCGCUGCCGGUCUACGUUAACCUUUUUAUUAUGGGCUUUGAAAGUAUGCAGCGGCUAUGUGACAAGUACAACCGGGCUAUUGACAGCAUCCACCAGCUGUGGAAGGGCACUACUCAGCCCAUGAAGCUAAAUACACGGCCAUCCAAUGGGCUCCUCCGGCACAUACUGCAGCAGGUCUACAACCACUCAGUGACUGACCCUGAAAAACUUAACAAUUAUGAACCCUUUUCCCCGGAAGUAUAUGGGGAGACCUCCUUUGACCUGGUGGCCCAGAUGAUUGAUGAAAUCAAGAUGACCGAGGAUGAUCUGUUUGUGGACCUGGGUAGCGCUCCAGGCUGCUCAGCCUCUGGGGAAGGAAUAUUCUCUGUUCCUGUUGGGUCUAGGAAGGACAAACAUCAUGAUGCUGCUCAUGAAAUCAUUGAGACCAUACGACAGUUCCUGGUGCAGCCUCUCUUGGAGGCCUUGUCAGAGAGGGGCAAUAUCAGCAGAAGUGAUGAGGCACAUAUACAGUACCGUCUGGUUUCUUCACUGGAACGAGGCGAUUUCCUCUCAGAAGAGUGGAGAGAGCGAAUUGCCAACACAAGUGUUAUAUUUGUGAAUAACUUUGCCUUUGGUCCUGAGGUGGAUCACCAGCUGAAGGAGCGAUUUGCAAACAUGAAGGAAGGUGGCAGAAUUGUGUCCUCAAAACCCUUUGCACCUCUGAACUUCAGAAUAAACAGCAGAAACUUGAGUGACAUUGGUACCAUCAUGCGUGUGGUAGAGCUGUCGCCCCUGAAGGGCUCCGUGUCAUGGACGGGGAAGCCAGUCUCCUACUAUUUACAUACCAUUGACCGCACCAUACUUGAAAACUAUUUUUCUAGUCUGAAAAACCCAAAACUCAGGGAGGAACAAGAGGCAGCUCGGCGCCGACAGCAGCGAGAGAACAAGAGUAAUGCCACCACCCCUACCAAAGUCCCAGAGAGCAAAGCGGCUGGACCCGCUGAAGCCACCGUGGAUUCUGGUGCUGAGGAAGAAAAGGCUGGGGUGGCCACUGUCAAAAAGCCAUCUCCCUCCAAAGCUCGGAAGAAGAAGUUGAACAAGAAAGGGAGGAAAAUGGCUGGUCGAAAGCGUGGACGUCCCAAGAAAAUGAGCACUGCAAACCCUGAACGUAAGCCCAAGAAGAACCAAACUGCACUGGAUCUCCUGAACACCCAGACCACAUCCCAGACCACAUCCCCCUCUCCCCAAGAUGCUUACAGGUCACCCAACAGCCCAUGCUACCAGCUACCUCCAAGUGCACAGUGGCAUUCUCCCACCCCACUGCUGGUGGCACCUACCCCGCCUGCACUGCAGAAGCUGCUAGAGUCCUUCAAGAUCCAGUACCUGCAGUUCCUGGCCUACACGAAGACGCCCCAGUACAAGGCCAACCUGCAACAGCUGCUGGACCAGGAGAAGGAGAAGAACACACAGUUGCUGGGCACAGCACAGCAGCUUUUGGGCCACUGCCAGGCCCAGAAAGAAGAGAUCCGGAGACUCUUCCAGCAGAAACUGGAUGAGCUGGGAGUGAAGGCGCUGACCUACAAUGAUCUAAUCCAGGCUCAGAAGGAGAUCUCUGCUCACAACCAGCAGCUGCGGGAGCAGUCAGAGCAGCUAGAGAGAGACAACCUUGAACUCCGGAGCCAGAGUCUGCAGCUGCUCAGGGCCCGGUGUGAGGAGUUAAAGUUGGACUGGGCCACACUGUCCCUGGAGAACCUUCGGAAAGAGAAACAGGCCCUGCGGAGCCAGAUCUCUGAGAAGCAGCGGCAUUGCCUAGAGCUGCAGAUCAGCAUUGUGGAGUUGGAGAAGAGCCAGCGGCAGCAGGAGCUCCUGCAGCUGAAGUCCUAUGUGCCGCCUGAUGACACCCUGUCCAUGCAUCUGCGUGGGAAGGGCACCCUGGGCCGUGAGCUAGAAGCUGAUGCUGGCAGGCUGCACCUUGAGCUGGACUGUGCCAAGUUUUCCCUGCCUAAUUUCAGUAGCAUGAGCCCGGAGCUCUCUAUGAAUGGUCACACUGCCAGUUAUGAGCUCUGCAGUGCUCUGAGCCGACCCUCAUCCAAGCAGAACACCCCCCAGUAUCUGGCUUCUCCCUUGGACCAGGAGGUCGUGCCCUGUACCCCCAAUCACAGUGGUCGGCCACGGCUAGAGAAGCUAUCUGGUCUGGCCUUGCCUGACUAUACUCGGCUGUCCCCUGCCAAGAUCGUUCUAAGGAGGCACCUGGGUCAGGAUCAUGUUGCAGCUGGCAAGGCAGCUACCAGUGAGCCACACCCACGAGCUGAGCACACCAAGGAAAACAACCUACCCUACCAGAGCCCAGGCUUGUCAAACAGCAUGAAGCUGAGCCCCCAGGACCCACGACCUCCCUCCCCUGGGUCAUUGCCCACAGCAGGAGAAAAGAGCAACGAGAAGGGUGUGAAGGAACGCUCCUAUGGCAGCCAGGGGGAGACCAUCACUAGCCUGCCCAUCAGCAUCCCACUCAGCACGGUGCAGCCCAACAAGCUCCCCGUCAGCAUCCCCCUGGCCAGUGUGGUGCUGCCCAGUCGCGCCGAAAGGGUGAGGAGCACCCCAAGUCCUGUGCCGCAGCCUCGAGACUCCUCGUCCACACUUGAGAAGCAGAUUGGUGCUAAUGCCCAUGUUGCUGGGGGCAGUGCUGCAGGGAGCAGGAGCCUCACUCUGGCACCCACAGGCUUCUACACUGGCUCGGUGGCCAUCAGUGGGGCCCUGGCUAGCAGCCCAGCACAACUGGCCUCUGGAGCUGAGUCAGCUGCCUUUGACGAGUCCUCCAGUUCGGGGAGCCUCUUCACCAUGGUGGGGUCCCGCAGUACAACACCACAGCACCCUCCUCUGCUGACACAGCCUCGGAACUCUGGCCCCACCUCUCCUAUCCCCCAGCUCUCUGCCAGCCCCAGGUUCAGUGGGGUUACUCAGGGCCUGCUGCCUGAUGCUGGCAAAGGAGACCUGCCUUCUGAUUCUGGCUUCUCGGACCCGGAGAAUGAGGCAAAGAGGAGAAUUGUGUUCACUAUCUCAGCUGGCACAGGCAACACCAAGCAGUCACCUUCAACCAAGCACAGCCCCCUGGCGGCGAAUACCCGUGGGGACUGUGGGCAGAGCCAUGGGCAGGACAGCCGAAAACGUGGCAGAAGGAAGCGUGCAUCAGCUGGAACCCCCAGCCUGAGUGCAGGCGUGUCCCCCAAGCGCAGGGCCCUGCCUACUGUUGCUGGCCUCUUCACACAGUCCUCAGGGUCCCCCCUCAACCUCAACUCUAUGGUCAGCAACAUCAACCAGCCCUUGGAGAUUACAGCCAUCUCGUCCCCUGAGAACUCUCUGAAGAGCUCCCCUGUCCCUUACCACGACCAUGACCAGCCCCCUGUGCUCAAAAAGGAACGACCUCUGAGCCAGUCCAAUGGGGCCCACUAUUCCCCACUGACCUCAGAUGAGGAGCCAGGCUCUGAGGAUGAGCCCAGCAGCACCCGAAUUGAGAGAAAAAUUGCAACAAUCUCCUUAGAAAGCAAGUCUCCCCCGAAGACCUUGGAUAAUGGUGGCAGCUUGGUGGGGAGGAAACUGGCACCUGCAAGUGAGCCCAUCAACAGUAGCAAGUGGAAAUCCACCUUUUCACCCAUCUCCGACAUCGGCCUGGCCAAGUCCACAGACAGCCCACUGCAAGCUAGCUCUGCCCUGAGCCAGAACUCAUUGUUUUCGUUCCGGCCAGCCCUGGAAGAAGCCUCGGCGGCUGAGGCCAAGCUCACUGCACAUCCAAGGAAAAGCUUUUCCAGCACCCUUUUGGGUGCUGACGGACUCAGUCCAGGUGCCAACCCCCCCAAUGGCCUGGCCUUCAGUGGGGGCCUGGCUGCAGACCUCAGUUUACACGGCUUCAAUGACGGUGCUUCCCUUUCCCACAAGGUCCCUGAGGCAGCCAGCCUGAGCACCCCACUUAGCUUUCCUUCACAGCGGGGCAAGGAGGGCACCUCGGAAGCCAAUCCCUUCCUCAGCAAGCGGCAGCUGGAAGGCCUGGGUGGCCUGAAGGGUGAGAGCAGUGCUGGCAAGGAGGUGGGAGAGCUGGGCCUGCCCCUGUGCGGGCCCACGGACAAAACAGCUCUGCCACACAGCAGCAGGGCUAACAAGGGCCGGGACCGUGACAUUGACUUCAAGAGUGGCCACAACCUUUUCAUCUCUGCUGCGGCGGUGCCUCCCAGUGGCCUUCUUGGUGGCUCUGGCCUCCCCACAGUGGCAUCCUCUGCAGGCAGCACAGCCCCCACCACUCAGACACACCGCCCUUUCCUGAGCACCUUCACGCCCGGGCCGCAGUUCACCCUGGGCCCUAUGUCCCUGCAGGCCAAUCUCAGCUCAGUGGCCGGCUCAUCUGUGCUGCAGUCCUUGUUCAGUUCUGUGCCGGCCGCUGCAGGCCUGGUACAUGUGUCAUCUGCUGCAACCAGACUGACCAACUCCCACGCCAUGGGCAGCUUCUCCUCCGGGGUGGCUGGUGGAACUGUCGGAGGUAUCUUUAGCCACACGGUGCCCUCCGCCUCUGCUCAUCCAUUUGGAGUCAGUGUCAGCAGUGGGGCUGUGUGUAGCAGCGCCAAGCUGGGCCUGAGCCCGCUGCAGGCAGUGGCCAGCACCUCGGCCUCUUCCUUUCAGGCCGCGGCCUCCGUGGAGACUCGGCCGCCCCCUCCGCCCCUGCCUCCCCUGCUUCCUCCUCAGCACCUGGGCCGGUCCCCUGCGGGGCCACCUGUCCUCCAUGCCCCCCCUCCACCUAACGUCACCUUGCCUCCUCCCCCUGCGCUGCUGGCCUCUAACUCUGAACCCGUGCUCCUGCAGAACCUUGCUUCCCUCCCAUCUAACAAAACUUUCUUAGCCCCCUCCUCUGCCGCCUCUCUGCAGCCUGCUAACGCAACUCUGUCUGUCAAGCUCGCCUCCCUCCCACACAAGGUCUCCCAUCCCUCAUUCACCGUGCACCACCAGCCUCUGCCCCGGCUGGCCCUGGCACAGACAGCACCCGCCGUCCCGCAGGCCAGCUCUGUGGGUCCAUCUGCUGUAUGGGUUUCCCUUGGCAUGCCGCCUCCCUAUGCCGCGCACCUUUCGGGGGUUAAGCCCCGAUAAAGACCUUGCUUAGCUAGCAGUUCAUAUUCUGUAAGGUAAGGCUAGAGCCACACGAGGUGGUUCCCUCGAGAAAGCAAACCAUCCUUCCUUUUGCCCAGAAGACAGCCUGGCAAGGCUUGGUAGAGGUCUCUGGGGUUCAAGCUGCUGUGCCCGUCUUUCCAAAGGGGUAGAGCUGGGAAAGGGAGGCUCAGGGAAGCCCUCAGGGUCACAGACUUGAGCAUUUGGGUAUGGGCCUCCUGAGUCCAGAGGAUGCAAGCUCUGCGUGACAACUCUAGCUAGCACAUAAAGGACAGCCGCUGGUAGGCCAGACACAUUGUGAGCAGUCAGGGCUCGUGUAGCCUCAUGGCCGUGCCAUUGGCAGAGCUACUGUGUGAUGAACACUCAUAGGCCUGGGUCCUCAAGCACUUGAAACUUCAUAGCGUGUUGAGAGUUCCAGAGCUUUAUGCCUAUAAUCCUAGCUUCUUAAGAGGCUGAGGUCUGAGGAU